CUGUGACAUUUUUAAACUGGCGAAACAUUAAAUUUCAAUACUCUGUUAGAUUUAAAACAUGAUUUUUUACCUUGUACGAGAUUAUGAAUAAAUGUUCCAUUCAUUUUGUUUAAGUUGUGUGCGUCUGUUGUUAGUAGGUAGUACCCUAGCCUCAGUAAAGGAAAGGAAGGAGCAUUGUGAAUAGUUCAGUUUUGGAAUCCAUGAAAGUGCCACGCAUUUGCCAGUUCUGUGUACGUGCGGAUUGCUAUUAUAUUUACUUUCGAGAGAUAAUUUGCCGGGAAUAACAUACGAGAGAUGAUAAGAAAAACUCAAAAUAAGAUUUUUUGAGUCGAAUUCUUUUACUGUAUAACGAUUGAUCUUCUGUUCAGCGAUCUGUUUCUCAAGUUACACAUUUAUGCUUCUGCAUUCGUCCGUACAAAACCGGUGUCUACCUACAACUAAGAAACAGGUUUGGAUCGUAUCCGUAUACUGGAGUCCCGUUUUUAACAAAUUUAAGUGCCAUAGAUAUGAGUAGCUUGUCGCGUUUUCGUUUAAUCACGUUCGAUGUGCAUAAUACGUUGUUGCAAAUUCGUUCUGCACCUGGUAAGAAAUAUGGUGAACUUGGCGCCAUGUUCGGUAUUAGCAACAACAGAAAUCAGCUUGUAGCUAACUACGUCUCGAGUUGGCAAAAGAUGAACCGACUGCAUCCAAACUUUGGACUGAAAACCAAAAUUGGUUACAAGCAUUGGUGGCAAAUGAUGAUAGGAGGAAUCUUCAACGAAAACGGUACUCACAAUAUCCCAGAGGACAAGAUAGAACAAAUGACUGAGCAUUUUAUGGAAUUCUUCAAAACCAGUGGAUUUUGGCAGCAUUGCUAUGGGUCAAUCGAUUUCUUGAACUAUCUGAAGCUUCAGAGACAUAUAGAAUCUAGUGGAAGCAAAAAUCCUCCUUUCAAACUUGGAGUAAUUUCAAAUUUCGAUCCCCGGUUGGAUGUUUUACUUAGAAAUAUGAAGAUAAAUCAUUAUUUUGACUUUGUGCUUAAUUCUUAUGAUGUUGGAUACAUGAAACCGGCUAAAGAAAUUUUUGCAGCUGCCAUGAACGCGGCAGAGCUGGAUGAUUUGAAACCACAGGAGUGUUUACAUAUUGGAGCAACGCCUGCGACGGAUUAUUUUGGAGCGAGAAAUGCAGGCUGGUAUGGAUUGUUGGUACACGAGAAGUCCGCAGAUGAACUUACGCGGAAGUAUGGCCAAACUGUAGACGAUAACCAUGUAUUUUAUAGUCUUUUUGAUGUGCAUAAAAAAAUUUCUAAUGACUACAUGAAGUGGUGAAAUAAAUAAUAGU